UGCCUCUGGAUCAAGGUUUCUUUCUCUCCUUUUCUCUGUGUGUUUACAACCUUGACAGCCUCAUGUCACUGUCUCCUUAAAAAAAGAACAUGCUGAAAUGAAUUCAGACUCGCAGGCAGGCACAGACACAGACUGCACAGUAUGGCCUAUCGUGUGCGAAUGUGGAGCUCCUUCCGUUCAGGUUUGGUUCUCAUGUGCCACCCGGGAGCCACAAGGAUGCAUCCGAAGAGUCUUCACACACUUUCUAAACUCUGCAGUCAAUCCCAGCAACACGGCUCCUCAGGCUCUAAAGUGUUAGUUCACUUCGUAAAUCAGUCUGGAAUGAAAAGCAGCGUCUUUGUCACUGAGGGAGAGAGUCUUCUAGACGCUGUCAUCAAGAAAAAUCUUGACAUCAGUGGAUUUGGAGCAUGUGAAGGUACUCUGGCUUGUUCCACGUGUCAUUUGAUAUUUGAGGAAAGCGUGUAUGACAAACUGGAGCCAACGGUGGAUGAAGAGAUUGACAUGCUGGAUUUAGCUUAUGGACUUACAAAGACAUCACGCUUGGGGUGUCAGGUGAUUGUGGACCGCUGGAUGGAUGGAAUGACCGUUCGUGUUCCUCAAGAGAUCAAAGAUCAACGUGCAAAACAGGACGCACAGGGCAGCAAAUGAUACAAAAUGACACAUAUGCAUAAUUGUUGUCACUUAAUAUAUAAGUUUCUCUAUAUUAGUGGUUCUCAAACUUUUUGGCAUGCGCCUUGUGUUCAGCGCAUCCCUUCAUGCCCCCCCAAAGAAAAUGUAUGACAUAAAGUUUGAAUAAAAUACAUAUUUACCCUUAUAAGUCCCGGGUCAAUCUGAUCCCCAAUCCACUUUUCUUUAGUUUAAAAAAAUGGUUCACUUCAUAUCAGUGGAGUAAGAUUUUGUGACUUUUCAAGACUAUUUGUAAAUAUUCAUAUAAAAACUGGGCUUGAUUCUGACAUUUUGAAGAUGUGUAAAAAAUGUUACCAAAAGGGGCCAUUGGGGGUAAAAAUGACCCCAAUUGAAAAUGAAUGGGAAAUGCAAAAAAUCUAUUUUUUUUCUUUUUCUUUGUCAAAAAAAAUCAAUGUAUCCAGAAUAAAUCUGGAAAUUUCAACACAGAAAAGAAGGCCUGGUAUUAAAGCACA